ACCGCCGCCCUGCUCCUCCCCCACCAUCUCAACCGCCGCCCUGCUCUUCCCCCACCAUCUCAACCGCCGACUGCUCCUUCUCCUCCGCCGCCAAGACCUGCUCUUUCUCCUCCGCCGCCGCCGAGACCUGCUCCUUCUCCUCCACCGCCGAGACCUGCUUCAUCUCCUCCCCCACUCUACAGCCGCACAGACAAGUAUUAUCUUUGUGAUGCCGCGUAUGCACACAUACAGGGAUUUAUGGCUCCAUAUCGUAAUGUGAGGUAUUGGCUAGGAGAUUUUCGCCGAAGACGUGCAUUGACUAAUAAAGAGAAAUUUAACCAUGCUCAUGCAAGACUUCGGAACGUAAUUGAGCGUGCUUUUGGUGUCUUGAAAGCAAGAUUCCCUAUUUUGAAAAGGACGGCACCAUUUCCAUUGGUUACACAAAGGAACAUUACCAUUGCAUGUUUCGCGCUACAUAAUUUUACAAGGAAAGAGGGUUUGAGCGAUGAAUUGUUUACAGAAUACGAUCAACCCAAUGUUUCGGUGCAUAAUAGUCAAGUGCACGUUGAUGCUGAUGAAGACGAGGUUGAAGCACAUGGUACUGCAUCGGAUCGGGAAUAUAUGACUCAGUUACGAGAUGAGAUUGCUGAGCAGUUAAUGCAAAACAUGGAUACAAUGAUUUAAAAAAAAUGUUAUUGUCUUUUCUGUGAAUAUUAUUUCACUAUUGUAUAACUAUUAUUUAAGUUUGAAUGUUGAAAAACUCUUUUAAGUUUAAUAAAUCAGUUUAUUUAUAUUUCA